AUGCCAGAAGAAGUCUUAUGCUUCCUUUGGUAUCUCUGCUCAGUUUACACCAUCGGCAUCACAUUCGACAUUGGAUGGCUCUACCAACACAUCAACGCAAAACAAGGUCAAAAGGAUUGCCUCUCAACUUUCCUCACAUGGUUUACAUCCUUAUCAAACUGGAGCGGAAACUUAAGAAGAUCAGCAAAAGCAACAAACUUACCAUUCAAGAAACUAAAAGACAAAGACUUUCAAGCCCAUGCAUUUCGCCUCAACAACGCCAGACAAACAUUCUCAAUCCCGUUCAACCACAGCUGGUCCUAUUACCCAUUCAACUACCAGAUAAGCCUUGACGAAGACCUUCAAUACUUCAUGGAAAGUAAGCAGACAGUGAAAGCAACACAGAAAACGAAGAAGCGUAACGUUCCAGAAACCGUAAAACAAGAACCGACGUCUCAACACGCACCACAAGAAUACUUCCAAGAUGCACAACUUCCAGAUGACGAGAUAAACAUCGACGAGAUAGGAAGAAGAUUCAACAUCGACGUCAAUAUAAAAUCAGAAGAAAACUUCUAA